AUGUCCGAGACCGAAUCCUACGAUCUUGUCAGCUUCGCCUUCAACGGACCCUUCAUGCACAACGAAGGAGAACCGAUCUUUGUUGACGCCAAAAACCCAACUCGCGCACUCAGUGCAGGGCCCUUCAAGCGGCUCGUCUGUUUGUUGAUUGCCGGAUUCAAAGCCCAUCAUGUUGAGGCAGGCGACUGCGUGCUUGUUCACAUGGACAAUUACAUUCUUCAUUCCGCUGUCUACCUUGCGAUUGUUGGUGCUGGGGGUGUCUACAUGGGCUGUAGCCCUGCGUCCCCCCGCCACGAGCUCGAGCAUUUUGUGAAUCUGGCUGAUCCCCGCAUUAUUCUGACGACAGGGAACACCCUCCCCCUGGUCCGAGAGGUGUGCGGUCCGUCCUCCCCGGUGCGCCAAAUCUGCCUUGUCACCGAGGCUGGCAUCGAGGCGCUCCUCGCUCUCGCAAAUGAGGAUACCGCCUGCCCUCAGCCUUCGACUGAUAACAAAACCACAAUAACGACCGAGUCGGUCAAGCAGGAAUACCCUCUCACUGCACUAGCAACCCACGGAUCAGCGCCCUGGCUUCGCAUCCCGACCGUCGAACUAGCCCAAUCGACCCCAGCGGCCAUGUUCACUACCAGUGGCACAAGCGGGCUCCCCAAAGCAGCGAUACGGACGCAUCAUACCAUCAUUUCGCACCACCGAUCCGUUCACUACAUGCCUGGCUUCGCUUCCGAUCAGGGUCAAGACGCGACUCCGAAGCCGAUUCGUCGCCUGCUCGCCCUCCCUGCCUACCAUUCCUUCGGCGACUUCUGGAACAACCUCUUUCCCCUGCGUUACGGCGAACCGCUGUACAUCCUCCCGCGGUUCGACCUCGCCGAGUUUGUCGCGGCCGUGGAGCGGUUCCAGAUCAUUGAGACCUAUCUCGUCCCCGUCGCCGUGCAGAUGAUCGCUCAGCUAGGCAGGUCCAACCCGCGCAUCCGCGAAAGGCUCGCAUCUCUACGGUAUAUUGGGGUGUCGGGGGCGCCGGUAGACGCGGCCUCCUUGCAACGCUGCCAGGGCGUCUUGCAUGCAGAUGCGUGUGUGAGUCAACUCUGGGGGAUGACGGAGGUAGGAGUAGUCUUUCAAAACCGAUAUGGGGAUCGGGCUCACCCGGGGAGUCUGGGGACUCUGCUGGACGGGUAUGAGGUGAAGCUUGUUGAUCCCACCGGGGAUGACGUCGUGGAGGUUGGGGGGGCCAAAAGGGGGAUUGAGACAGGAGAACUUUAUAUACGCGGACCUGGGGUAUUAUUGGAAUACAAAGGGCGGAGUGACGAUGUUGUGGAUGAGGAAGGAUGGUUUCCCACCGGCGAUGUGGUCUACGAGAAAGAUGGGCACUGGUUUAUUGUGGGCCGGACCAAGGAGCUGAUCAAGGUGAGAGGGUACUCGGUAGCGCCAGCGGAGAUUGAGGCUUUGCUGCUGGAGAAAGAGGCGAGGGUAGCAGAUGUGGCAAUCAUUGGAGUGAAGACAGGCGAUGGCGAUGACGAGGAGGAGGAGGAAGCGCCGCGGGCGUAUGUGGUGCGGCUGAAGGGGGAGGGCGAAGAAAGCUUCACCGAGGAAGAGAUCUGCGCUAUUGUGCAGAAACACUUGGCCAGUUACAAGGCUUUAGCAGGAGGCGUUGUCUUUGUCGAUAGCAUCCCGCGCACAGACAUUGGCAAGCCUGCGCGGUCGAAGCUGGCUCGAUUGGAUCGACAGCGGGGGAAAUUGGCAACCCUGCUCAAGGCGAACUAG